AUGCGCUCUGUUAAUAUUAUAACACUUGCGACGACCUUGACAAUUUUGGUUUUUCUUUUUACCCCUUCGUUUGCUGUAACCGUUCCGUCAUCUCCAUCAAAUAAAGGAAAAAACCAUGUCGCCGAUGAGUUUUCAAAAACUCAAGAAAAACCAGAGUUACCUCCAUACUCGGCCAAACAGAUUGAAUAUGCAGACAUCCCGGAUAAAAGCUAUCUCUACGAAAUGCAGGGAUCGCAGGGAUCAGAAGAAUUCACAGGUUCGUCCGAAUACAACGCUAUAAUGGAACGCGUGCGAAGUAUUCUCAAUAGUGGCAACAGUGGCAACACCACAACCUCAGAGAUCGACGACGCAUCAUCUCAUGUUAGUACCGACUCUGAAGUUGAGGAUUCGGCAUUACUUUGGUUGAAUCUUCUUGGAAAAAUCUACAAUGUGCGUAGAAAAAUUUAUUUCGAGAAAAAAACGCAAAUUCCCAUAACCUUUAUUGGGCGUAAAUUUUAUCUAGUGACGAAAGUUUGUAAGGAUGACAAGGGGAAAAAGGAAACUGCUAGUGACAAGGGAAAAAGGGAUACUGUUAGUGACAAGGGAAAAAAGGAAAUUGUUGGUGACAAGGGAAAAAAGGAAACUGUUGGUGACAAGGGAAAAAAGGAAACUGAAGAAUUCAAACUUAACCCAGCAAAACCUUUGUUCAAAUUAACAUAUUCAAAUCCUAAAAUUUGGCUUCACCGAAGGAAAGAGACAAAUCAGUUAGAGCCUUCAUCGUAUAGCGGAGGUAGUUUAGUGACACCCACAAGAAUCGCAAUUCUAGCUUCUUCAUUCAACCCUCCCACAAAAGCUCACCUUCAACUACUUGUACAGUCGGUAAUCGAUGCUAAUUCUGGUACCCUACAGGGGGUCUUGUCAACAAAAGAUGUACCAUUCUUUGACGCUUGUCUUUUACUUUUUGCCGUAAACAAUGCAGACAAACCUACUUCUUCUUCGAACGAUGUAACAAAUAGGUUGCUUAUGAUGGAAGCGCUGGCUAAGCACAUUGUUUCAACUUAUCCUAAUGAAGUUAAAAAUAUUGCUGUAGGUGUGAAUACUCAUGGAAGAUUUUUGGAUCACGCAAGGGCUUUGCUUUCAUUCUUUUACUCAUCAAACAUUUUGGAAAAUUCCGACUUGUCAAACGUUUCAUUCUAUUUUAUCAUGGGGUUUGAUACUGUGAUACGUUUUUUUAAUCCCAAAUAUUAUUUAGAUAUGCAUAAAGAGCUUCAAGCUUUUUUUGAAACAAGUAAUAUAAUAUGUGCAAAUCGUGACGGAUAUGGACAAGAAGUUGAGGAUUUUUUUAAGAGUGAGACUGUCGCGGAGCUCUUGGGAAAAGGAAAAUUGAUUCGGAUUCAAUUAAGUCAGGAUAUUGCAGAGAUGUCCUCCACCAGUAUCAGGAAAUUUAUAGGCGAACAAUGCCGAAACAGCGAUGGUGAUCGCGAAGAAAAGAUUAAGCGAGCUGUUUAUGAGAUGUGCCCAGAGCCAGUUUCAGAAUUUGUCAUCGAGGAGGGACUAUAUCGAAACUAA